AUGAGAGUGGCGCUCGAUGGCGACGGCGGCUGCGUUCUGUAUCAGGAGGAGGCGAUCAGCGACUUGCUGCUAGAACAUGGCUUCAUGGACGCAAAAUCGACAUUUACACAGAUCGGCGCCGACUGCUAUCAAAUGCAGUCGAUCGACAGCGUGCAACUCAAGGCCACGAGCACGAAUGGAGCGCCUAUAAAUAGAGAAUUCCAGUCGCUCGUCGGAUCUCUGCUUUGGGUCGCGCGGUGUACGAUAUUCGACAUUGCGUUCGCCGUUCACAAGACGAAGCGACAGACGCGUGAACCGUGGCUUCACGAUUGGAAGCCCGCGAAGCGUGUGGAUCACUACCUUGAGGGAACGAAGACGAUGAAGAUCAACAUGAAGCCAAGAAAUGUCGGGUGCGCGUCUAUCAAGAUCUUUCAUUUAACGACGCCGACUUUGCCCCAGAUAAAAGCGACAGGAAGUCGUUGA